UUCCCUUUUCCGCUUGACAAACUGCCCUGUAUCAUAUUUUGAGCCUGAGGAUGAGUGCUGCGCUGGGGAAAAAGCCGACUGCCUGUGUGCCCUGCCACGAACGGAAGGUGCGCUGUGAUUCGACGGUGGUGGGAAUCCCCUGUACUCGGUGUACCAGGCGAGACCGAGCGGACUCUUGCACUCUCCUCGAACGCGGGGCCAGGAACAGUGCCACCAACAACCCUAACAAUUCCAGCAAGCGUCGACGUACAGUCCAUGACAGCAAUGAAGCAUUGAAAGAUCCUCAUGAUCCUGAGCCUCAACCGGAACCGGUCUAUCCCUCCCCGCGUCCGCCAACCCCAGCGACAAGUGUUCCACCACAGCGCCAUGCCUCCUUCAGUCACAGCCAGAGCGAUGUGGCCCAGGGUCUGUUGGAUUUGUCCCAUGCAGGCACCACUACCUCGAUAUCCGAGACACUUCUGCCUGGGCCACAUCAAAGUCAUCAGGGUCAGCCUCAUCCGGUCUACUACCUGGCUGCGGAUGAGGAUGCACAUCUGGAGACCUUAUGCCUGAUGGCCGAUGAGAACCCAGCGAUGCCAUCCCCGGUACCCUUGUCCACAUCGGAGCAAGGGCACCAGGUAAUUGAGUACUACGGUGAAUUGAAUUCCAUCACCGUCCUGAGUGAGAUCUUGGGCCAAGCCCAGCGCCGGUUGAUACGCCUCGAUCUACCGGGCCCUGUGGCGGUCGGCGCCCGGUCAAGGGAGCUCGCCGGCUUAGAUGACGCUGAUAUCGCUUAUCUGCGUGCAAAGCACGUGCAUGAUUUCCCUCCCACAGCGAUCUGCCGCAACUUCCUGCACCUGUUCUUCAAACACAUCUACCCGUAUACCCCGAUCCUGAAUCGACAGCAAUUGAUGGAGGACUACGAACGAGGCAGUUGCUCGAGCUUUCUUCUCUGGUCCAUCUUGGCGAACGUCGUCCCAUACGCCGACUCCGACCUCCUCUUCGACUCCGGGUAUACUGAGUGCGCCAUCGCGCAGAAAGACUAUUUCUCGCGAGCCCGACUGUUGUAUGACUUCGGAUGCGAAAAGGCCCAGCUGAAUCUGCUACAGGGAUCGCUGCUUCUCAGCUCGUUUCAGAACUCCUUUGCCCCGGACAAAGACUUUCGAUUCUGGUUCCACAACGCCGUUCGAAUCGCGUUGCAGAUGGGGUUCAAUCGACGGGACAUGGAGAACCAUCUUGACCCAUCGACUCAACAACUGGUGCGACGGAUCUGGUGGGUUUUAUAUUCGCGCGAUAUCUGGUUCUCAGUGGUCGGAUUCGCAAAUGGAAGACUCAUCGAUGAUCACGGGAUACAAUGGCGUCUCCCUGGGGCAGAAGACUGGGCUUGCGAGCAAGCCCUUAGUUCCCAGCAUAAAGACGUCAUUCCCCAAAUUACUCCCCUCCACCAACAUUUCCUAACCGAGAAUUGUCGGCUGGCGCUACUUGGCGCGCGCUUUCUCAACCUCCUGGGACCGAAUCGCCCAACUCCCGCGAUCGCAGAAGCUCAAGCGUUCAUUCAUGCGCUCACGGCGUGGCGGACUUCCUUCCCGGAGGAUUUACUUCUCGACCGUGUCACCCACUGGGACGAAACCAGUGCCUGGGUUCUGUUCCUCGGGUCCAUGGGCUAUCGACUGGAAUGCUCCUUUUACCGGACACUGCGGCAGCGGGCCAGAACUUUGGUGAACAAGAGCCUUGAAUUGGCGACGUGGGCGAGUGACCGACUCCGGCGAUGCAUCUUCGAACUCGAUACCGUGUUGAAGAGGGCGAUCGUCAACGAUGUAGCACGCUUUUGUCCACCAUCGCUAAUAAUCUGCAUCUCACAUCUCCUGGUCUUCCAGCUGGACGUCGUCUUGGAUUCCGGCGCUCCAGAGGCACAGAGAAUCGCCUCUAGGGCGCAGAUCCACACGGGCCUGGCAUAUCUCCGGGCGGUCGGGGAUCAGUGGUUGAAUGCCAAGUGGACGUUCCGGGUGUUCGAUAGUGUGACGAAGAGGCUGGGAAUCACGAUGGUAGGAGAAAGGCACGAGCUCCUCGAUCAUCAUGAUGAGAGAUGGCCGCGACUACCAAAUGCAGGAUUGGCGGAGAGUGGGCUCUGGCGAGACGAUGGGGGGGCUGGAGCUGGGGUAUUGCAUAACGGACCGGUCGGUGCCGGGCGCUCGGCGCCGACGCAGCAGCACCCGCAGUGCGGGGAUGAACUAGCAAUGCCCGAUCGCUGGAUUGAAAGUCUAUUGACGGAGAAUCUGAUGAAUGGGUUGGAUGGCGGGUUGUUCAGUCUCGUCCCACCAUAGCCACUCGAUUAUACGAUAAGCUACAACUUGCUUAGAGAACGGACUCUCACUCUCGGCAUAUGUGAGGAUUUGGU